GCCUCCAAACUCGACUCACUCGGCAACCAAGUCAGUGCUCAGUGCUGUGCGCACGGAGGCCCGUACCCGCUAUUGUCGUUUCUGCUCUGCUGUUUCUGUCAUCCCCUUCCCUCCAUCACUUCCUCCUACAUUAUAAUAGUUUCACUGUGACUGCCUGCGGUCGGUUAACAAGGAAGCGUGGGGAGCGUGGCUCUUCACUUUCGUAUGAUAGAGAGGACAUAUGGCGGACUGUCAUUAUUCAGAAAACAAGUCAAAGCAUAUUAAUCCAAAACAAGCAACCGGGACGAGGAAAAAUGCGAUAACUGCAAAAUGGCAACAACUACUUAUUCUGGAUUAUGGUCGUGACAUGUUCUGAACUAUUCGCAAAGUUUUAAUGUCAAGCGUAUUUACUUUGUUUUUAACACACCGAAAGGACAGCUUUCCAAACCGCAGUUUUGCAUCGCUGUCAGUUACUUUUAUUCAUUGACAUUUUCAAUCUGUCAUUGUGGUCGUAACGACGUAUAAUUUCCAUUUUUGGUAUUUUUCUUUUAAACACUGUACUGGACUGGGUGGUCGUGUACUUGUGUCCCUUUGCGUUUUAAAUGUGGCACACUCACUGACCGCCACCGUGCUGCACGAGCCCUUUAAUAAUUCAGGGUAAAUCUGUCGACGUGUGUUGGCACCAGCGAACGACAUGGGGGCUAAGCAGAGCAGCCCAGCCGCUAACGGACGGACCAGGGCUUACUCGGGCUCGGAUCUACCUUCGAGCACCUCUACUACCAGCAAUGGGAACGGUAGGACUGCAGCCAUGGCAAUGAGCUAUCACGCGUACGGCCAGUCGGCUCACGGGGCCUCGGGAACCACAGCGACCUCCAGUCAACACAUUGGCCCCAGGACGAGGUCCGUGGGAGGCAGUUCUGGAGGGUCAGGGCCAAGACCCCAGUCAGGCAUCAACAUCCCCAACAGCAGUGGAGCCUACAGCUCGCAGGAGUCUGGCAGCAGCACCCCGGAGGAGACAGAGAGGGACAGGUCCAGCAGUGGGCAAGGGGGUCCCCGGUUGUUGAUUGGAUCAUUACCAGCACACCUUUCGCCUCACCUUUUUGGAGGCUUCAUGUGCCCUGUCUGCUCCAAGUUCGUCUCCACGGAUGAGAUAGAUCUACACAUCGUCAUGUGCUUGACCAAACCCAGAGUGACUUAUAACGAGGACGUCCUGAGUAAGGAUGCAGGGGAAUGUGCAAUCUGCCUAGAGGAGCUGGUACAGGGGGACACAAUUGCUCGCCUGCCCUGUCUCUGCAUAUACCACAAAGGCUGUAUUGAUGAGUGGUUUGAGGUGAACAGAUCGUGUCCAGAACAUCCCUCAGACUAAAGGGCCUCACUACUUUUCUCCACAGGUUUCUUACUCCCUCAAUAAGAAGAGUGAUCUGCUCCAAUAACAACAUUCCUCAAUGUGAAUCCCCUCCCCUUCCCCGUUGCCUAGGAGACUACUGGACAGACACAUUGUGACUCUGUGGCCAGUACAGAACUGACACCUCACCCUGACCCUACCCCUCUACCCCCACCACCUCCAGUACCUCUCAACACACCUCACCCUGACCCUACCCCUCUACCCCCACCACCUCCAGUACCUCUCAACAGCCCUCAACACACCUCACCCUGACCCUACCCCUCUACCCCCACCACCUCCAGU